AUGGACCUCCAGCGACGCGAGAAGAGAGGGCGACGUGAGAAGAGAGGGCGACGUGAGAAGAGAGAGCGACGCGAGAAGAGAGGGCGACGUGAGAAGAGAGGGCGACGUGAGAAGAGAGAGCGACGCGAGAAGAGAGGGCGACGUGAGAAGAGAGGGCGACGUGAAAAGAGAGAGCGACGCGAGAAGAGAGGGCGACGUGAGAAGAGAGGGCGACGUGAAAAGAGAGAGCGACGCGAGAAGAGAGGGCGACGUGAGAAGAGAGGGCGACGUGAAAAGAGAGAGCGACGCGAGAAGAGAGGGCGACGUGAGAAGAGAGGGCGACGUGAAAAGAGAGAGCGACGCGAGAAGAGAGGGCGACGUGAGAAGAGAGGGCGACGUGAAAAGAGAGAGCGACGCGAGAAGAGAGGGCGACGUGAGAAGAGAGGGCGACGUGAAAAGAGAGAGCGACGCGAGAAGAGAGGGCGACGUGAGAAGAGAGGGCGACGUGAAAAGAGAGAGCGACGCGAGAAGAGAGGGCGACGUGAGAAGAGAGGGCGACGUGAAAAGAGAGAGCGACGCGAGAAGAGAGGGCGACGUGAGAAGAGAGGGCGACGUGAAAAGAGAGAGCGACGCGAGAAGAGAGGGCGACGUGAGAAGAGAGGGCGACGUGAAAAGAGAGAGCGACGCGAGAAGAGAGAGCGACGUGAGAAGAGAGGGCGACGUGAGAAGAGAGGGCGACGUGAGAAGAGAGGGCGACGACCAUAA